AUGAUCCUCACGCCCAGCGCGACUCUACCAAACAUGCUUGUUGCGCUUGUUACUCUCUUGUUCAGCGCGUUGGUGACAGCACAAGGCACUGGAUUCACACAGUCGUAUUGCUCGUCGCAGAACACCGCAACAGACGAUGCUUUCUUUUGGACCUACCAAUCGAACGGGAAAUGUUCAGACCACUGCAACAGCGCGGGUACUUAUGCCUUCGCCGUUAUCCAGUUCACAAACUGUUGGUGCUCAAACUACAUUCCCUCCACUACAACCGACAUCACUAGCUGCCAAAAGGACUGCCCUGGUUAUCCAGACGAAAAAUGCGGAGACAAGGAUGCAGACCUUUACAUCUACAUCAAGCUUUCUGGCCAGCCUUCUGGUACCGCAGGAGGAGGCUCACAGCCAUCUUCAACAGACGCGACAGAAGUGAGUAGUGCGACGCCGGUUCCCUCGUCGACGGACUCCCCACCGUCAUCAAAUGCGAUUACUCCUUCGGCUUCGCCAAGUCAAAGACCCACAAGUCGUGGUCGGCCUCCCGUGACAAUUACACAGACUGUCGUAGAAGAAGCGUCGACUGUUAUUGUGACGCCUACUCGAUCUCAGACUUCUGCUGCCCCUGCUUCUACAACUCCUCCGACAACCAACAACAAGCCAUCUUCAACCCUGGCAACUGUUGCCACUUCUUCCGCCGCCGAACCAUCCACGAACCUUGUGGUUGUCACUGAAAGUGGUGCCGUCGUUACGCGAACCGUAGUCUACCAACCCACGCAGAAUGCGCCGCAAGUCCAACCCACCAGAAAAGGCUCAAACAAUACGGGCGCUAUAGUCGGAGGGGUUGUUGGAGGUGUCGCAGCUAUUGCAGCCAUCGUUGGUGGCAUUUUCUUUCUCCUUUGGAGAAGAAAGAAGCAACAGCGAGCGGAGCAGGAGCAUCAGGCAGGCAUCACACGCAAUACGAGCACCAUGAGCAAGGCCGGCCUUCUUGGAGGACGGACUGUCGCAACCGAUCCUCACUACCCACCGCCGAUUGCUACAAACCUUAGCUCUGCUGGUAGCCGGCACGAUAACGAAUCCAUCAGCCCGAUAUCCGGAUCGCAACGCAGACACAGUCAGCCGUUGAUGAUCGACUCCCGAUUGAAUCCCGAGACGGUUUUGAUGUAUCACCCGACAUUUGGGAACAGCAGCCGUGAGAGUGUAGGAAGUAUCGACGACAGCCGCGAUUACGGGCGACAACUCAAUGUGAGGAAUCCUGAUCCACACUGA